ACAACUACUUCACCAAAAGCACCAAACUUGCAUCCAUAUAUUCAAACCAAAAUUCACACAAGAACCCUAAUAUUAUUGUUUUCUCCACAAUGGGUGAUUCUGAAACAAAGGGAAUAGAAAUCCCUUCAUAUUUUGUGUGUCCAAUUUCGUUAGAGAUCAUGAAGGAUCCUGUAACACUCUCUACAGGAAUCACAUAUGAUCGUGAAUCCAUAGAGAAAUGGUUGUGCACCAAAAACCAUGACACUUGUCCCAUAACACGCCAAGCCCUUACCGAUAUCGAGCUCAUCCCAAACCACACCCUUCGUCGAUCCAUCCAAUCUUGGUGUGCUAUUAACGCACCAUUCGGGAUGGAAAGACUUCCCACUCCACGACUUCCGGUGUCAAAACCGCAUAUCUUGAAGCUUCUACAAGACUCACUAUCUCCAAAUUUGCAAAUGAAGAGUUUAAAGAGACUGAAAGAAAUUGUAACCGAGAGUGAUAUGAAUAAACGAUCAGUAGAAGCUGUUGGAGCAGCUGAUUACCUAGCUUACAUAGUAAACAUGUCGUUAUCGUCACCGGUGGGAGAUGAAGCUGUCAGCAUCCUUUACCACCUUCGGUUAUCUGGUACUGGCCUUAAGGCAUUGUUUGGAAAGAAUGGAGAGUUUGCAGAAACGUUGACUUGCGUGAUGCAACGUGCCGCCAGCCACGAGCCACAAGCUUUCGCAGUGUUGUUGCUCAAGUCGAUGAUUGAAGUAGCCGAGCCCAUUCAAGUAAUAUCGUUAAAACUUCAAUUUUUCAUCCAGCUUACACAUUUUUUGGUUAAACAAAUUUCCAAAAGUGGAAACCCAGUGCACGAGGCUCCUAUAUGCAGAAGCAACUUGGACCUGACAUGUGCUUCCUUAUCCAGCAUUUCUCCAAAAGGCUGUUUUCAGAACGCGAAUAAAAUUUCCAAAAAAGCAACAAAAGCUGCACUGAAACUACUCAUUGAAGUUUGUCCAAUAGGGAGGACCAGGACGAAGGCAGUAGAGGCUGGUGUAGUUCCGGUUUUGAUUGACAUCCUACUCGAUUGCAAUGACAAAAGGAUCUCAGAAUUGGUGUUAACCGUGUUAGAUCAGCUAUGUCUAUGUGCGGACGGUCGUGCUGAGCUGUUGAAACAUGGUGCAGGUUUAGCGGUGGUUUCGAAGAAGAUCUUUCGUGUGUCGCCAGCCGGAAGCGAGAGGGCGGUGAGGAUACUUUACUCGGUGGCGAAGUUUUCCGGCAAUAGCAGUGUGGUACAAGAGAUGUUGAAGUUAGGGAUUGUGGGGAAUCUAUGUUUUCUGGUACAAGUGGAAUGUGGGAGCAAGAGUAGUGAGAAAGCUAAGGAGAUUCUUAAGAUGCAUGCUAGGGUUUGGAAGAAUUCUUCUUGUAUACCACAAAAUUUGGUUUCUUCAUAUCCAUCUUAAUAUGCAGAUGGAUCAAGAUUCUAAUAUUGGUCAAUUGUAUAAAACAUUGGUAGAAGGAAAAACAAAUUAGUCUUUAUUUGCAGGGAAAAUUACGAAAUUCUCUUUUCAACAACAUGGUUUUCAAUUUUGUCACUCUCAUGCGUUCUUUGAAGGACCUUUGAGCACGAGAGUGGUCCGCCGACGCACGGGAGUGGUCAGCCAAAAUGGGAGUGGUCUGCCGAAAAUGGGAGUGGUCUGCCCAAAUGGGAGUAGUCCGCCGACGCACGAGAGUGGUCCGCUGACGCACGGGGGUGGUCUGUCGAACACGUGUCAGCUCUAGAGACAUGGACGCAUCAACAUAACAUGCAGACUCUUCCCGUGUGCUGAGUGGUCCUUCCAAGGACGCAGGAGGGUGUCAAAAUUGAAAAACCUUUUGAUCAACCAACAAUUUCGUAAUUUUCCCUUAUUUGUAAGCCUCCCUAUUCUUUUUCUUUUUACUUGUU